UCGGUUCCGGGCAGUAAUAGUUGGACAGUGAGACGGACAGAGCCUCUGCUGCUCAGCGCAAACUCUGGUUUUCUGAAAAUGAACUAACAUCAUAGCACACGAGAGCUGCUCGGUCAGCCAUCUAAGUGAUUAGGUUUAAAUCUGGCAGAUGUGAGGGGAUACUAAAAUGUUAGCUAAUUAUAUUAGGCUACUGUGUUUACUUUUGUAGUCAUGCUUCGUGCCCCUGCUAAAGUCUGACUUAAAGCACAAGAAGAGACUUUCAUUCUGUUCUAGACGCGUUUCGGAGCAGAUAAAUUGUUGGUCAGAUCUAUUUGGCCAUUUGAUUUAUUUUCUCAAAUAAACAGAGCCAAACGAUCGCGCUGUCUGUUGGGGCAUUGGGUAAUUUCCCCGCCUGCGUAAAACCUGCGUCAUCGGUGCAUUGGUGUCUUUUGACGUUGCUACAGUUAACAUUUGUCAGUCAAAUUCAAAAAUCAUAGAUAAAAACACAGAUGAGGUUUCCAGUUUUGAGAUAAUCUACUAAUCCGGAGCUGCUGUGCCCUUCUCUGCCCGCUGCGUAAAAAGAGAACCAUGGGCUGGAGGAGCACCCUCAGGCUACACACACUUUGACAGAAAGAAGCAAGGCAGCGAGUUAGAGUGAGUUGGAGAAAAAGGAGUGUGUGGGAGGGUGGGAGAGCCCUCCCCCUGCCAAAUGUCUCGAUGGAUCCUCUCCCUUCAUAACCCAACUCUUCUCCAGCCUUGCUCAGAUGGCCGAAGUGUCCAAACUGGACUGUGAAUCUGCUCAAACGGCCACAGGAUGACGAGAUGAGAGUAGAUCUCUGACUCUUCACCCUCUGCCUUGUACUUAGUGAAGAGUUAAAGUCAAACUAGGCAAACACCCCCAGGCGCAAGAGUACUUGGCUACAUGUGAAUGUCUGCCGGUCUCCCAGCGCACUCCACGCUUGCGCUGGUGAUGCCAUGCCGCGAAGUCACACCGGCGACGAGAGCGGCGGCACCGGGCUCUGGCUGAAGACCUCAACGGGACGCCGGGCGCAGGACUACCCACUGAAAGAUGUGGAGUCUGGACGGAGGACAAUGAAUAACGCGGUGCGGGUCGGGGACGGUCUCCUGUCUCCUACAGCGGCAGGUGCGGUGGGAGCGGAGAGGAAGCAGGGCGCCCGCCUCAGCCUGCUGGGGAAGCCGCUGACCUACAGCGCGCAGAGCGGCCGCAGGAACGCGCGGUACCGGCGGCUCCAGAAUUACCUCUACAACGUGUUGGAGAGACCAAGGGAAUGGGCUUUCGUCUACCACGCUUUUGUGUUCAUCCUGGUGUUUGGAUGUCUGGUCCUCUCUGUGUUUUCCACCAUCCCCACUCACCAGGAGUUCUCCGCACACUGCCUCCUCAUCCUGGAGUUUGUGAUGAUUGUAGUAUUUGGCCUGGAGUACAUCAUCAGGAUAUGGAGUGCAGGUUGCUGCUGCCGGUACCGGGGCUGGCAAGGACGCCUCCGCUUCGCCAGGAAGCCCUUCUGUGUCAUAGACAUCAUCGUGCUUAUUGCCUCGGUUGCUGUGGUUUCAGCCGGUAGCCAGGGUAACAUCUUUGCCACCUCUGCGCUGCGUAGCCUUCGCUUCCUUCAGAUCCUGCGCAUGGUGCGCAUGGACCGCAGAGGAGGGACCUGGAAACUGCUUGGAUCUGUAGUUUACGCACAUAGCAAGGAGCUGGUGACUGCCUGGUAUAUUGGGUUCCUGGUGCUGAUCUUCUCGUCCUUCUUGGUGUAUCUGGUGGAAAAAGAAUUCAACAAGGAGUUUGCCACCUAUGCCGAUGCUCUUUGGUGGGGCACGAUCACCCUUACGACCAUUGGCUACGGUGACAAGACCCCCCAGACGUGGACGGGACGAUUGUUGUCAGCUGGUUUUGCUCUGCUGGGCAUCUCAUUCUUUGCUCUUCCAGCUGGCAUCCUCGGGUCAGGUUUUGCCCUGAAGGUGCAGGAGCAGCAUCGUCAGAAGCACUUUGAAAAAAGAAGGAACCCAGCUGCCAGCCUCAUCCAGUGUGUCUGGCGUAGUUAUGCUGCUGAUGAGAACUCGGUUUCCAUUGCUACCUGGAAGCCUCAUUUGAAGGCGUUGCAUACCUGCAGCCCCGCCAAGAAAGAGCAGGGCGAGACCACUUACAGUAAGGGCCUAAGUAAUGGGAGGCUCUUCAGAAGGUAUACUCGGAAAUAUAGGAGCCAGAAGUUGAGUUUUAAGGAGCGGGUCCGGAUGGCGAGUCCCCGCGGCCAGAGCAUGAAGAGCAGGCAGACGUCCAUCAACGACCGCCAGCGAUGCUCCCCCGGCAACGAGGUGGUCGGCAGCUCCGAGCUGAUGGGCGGGAGCCCCGCGAAAGUGCAGAAGAGCUGGAGCUUCAACGACCGGACCCGGUUCAGGCCGUCUCUGAGGCUGAAGAGCCAGACUCGCACUGCCGUUCCAGACGUGGACACAGGCAUGACCACCGAGGAUUCCUUGGAUGAGAGAGGCUGCCAUUGCGAUGUCACGGUGGAGGAUCUGUCAGCUCCCCUCAAGGCUGUCAUCAGAGCCGUCAGAAUCAUGAAAUUCCACGUUGCAAAGAAGAAGUUUAAGGAGACACUGCGCCCAUACGAUGUGAAGGACGUCAUUGAGCAGUACUCUGCAGGACAUCUGGACAUGCUCUGCCGCAUCAAGAGUCUGCAAACCAGACUAGACACUGUAGUGGGUCCCCCUCCAAGGCCUUUCAGCAGCCGUGUCAAGACCUUUUCUUCUCCCUCCCUGCAUUUAUAUUACAGCCAAGCCCGGAGGAAGCAGUCUUCACAGGGAGUGGCCAGUGCGGCGGGCUCUGGUCCCAGCCUAAGUAGCCGACCCAGGAACAUGUCCUCUCCUGCCCUGCACUAUUAUUACACCAACAGCAAGAAGAAGCUCUCUGGCUCAGGGGUGGAUCAGAUUCUGGGAAAAGGCCAGAUUCCCGUAGAUAAGAAAAUGAGGGACAAACUGCACCCCGAUGGAGACUCUCUGGAGGGCAUGAGCAUGCUGGGACGUGUGUGCAAGGUGGAGAGGCAGGUAACUUCCAUUGAGUCAAAGUUGGACUCUUUGCUGGACGUUUACCGCCAAGUCUUACAAAAAGGCCCCUCAGCUCUCACCCUCUCCUCCCUGCCCCUGUUUGAGCUGGACAACCACCAGCACCACCACUCUGACUUCUCUGCCUCCAUCAUUGGCAGGGAUCUGCCUUCCCCUCAGGGAGGGGAUCCCGUUGGAGGAGACAACAACAGUGGCAGGCACCAUUCGCUUGGUACCAACCCAAGAGGCUUGCGGCUCAUUCUGGCACCAGCCGAUGAUGACGGCCCUCCAGACUCAGCCCCUCCAUCCUACCCCCCGUCCACAGCCUCCCUGUCUCCAUCUCCUUUGCUGCCCCCCGAUAGCCCCUACCCCACCCUGGUUACCCCUAAUGGCACCCCCAAAAAAGCACACUUCCCCGAUCUUCCACCCCCGCCUCCCUCAGCGGGUAGUUUCACUCUCCAGCUGCCCCCCAUGGUACACCCCUCUCAUCUCCGAUGUCCCUCUGACCCUGUCUCCGAUGAUAUGACGGAUAGACCGGCAGCAGAUGAGGGGAGCCUGGGCCCCGCUGUUUUUGUGGGAUGCAGUGCGGCUGUUGACCAGGAGGGGGACAGUGAGGCAGGUUCUGGUCAGGGAAGGGUGCCGCUGCGGAAGAAGUCUGGCUUGACAUCUGAAGGAAUCUGGAGGAGGCACAUGAGCCUGGAGGUUAACCCCCUCCUUCUUCUCUCAUCUAGCCCUGAAGGGAGACCUUCAGAGUGGGGAGGCGGUCUUGGGAAAUCACUCUCCGCGCAUGAUCUUAGCCAGUCGUCGACCAGCCGCGCCACCGGUCUCUCCUCCACACACAGCAACAGCAUUGGCAGCAACGGAAGCAAACGCGGCAACGCCCACGCUGACCUUAGCAACUGGGACGGAACAGAACUAUUCAUUAGUGAGUGCAAGCUAGAGCCAGGAGAAGAACAUUUCAACUUACUCUCCCAAGGACCUGACAGCAGCCCCUCAGUCGUUUUACAGACUGUGGGAGAGGCUGUACCUCAAACAGGAGGAAACUCAGAUUUUCUCAGUCAGUCCUCACACAUACCACUUACAUAACCACACAUGCACACACCGACUAACACACACUCGCAUACUGUAUGUGGCGAAGCCACUUUUUAAGGAAUUUUUACAGGGCACUGCGAACAUAAUGUUGCAAACUACAGAGUCAAAUACUUUAUAUGUGGACAAACAAUGUUUUAAUAUUUUGUCCAACAUGAUUAUGUCCAGUUGCAUACAUAUUUUAUCAUACUAUACACUCUUUUGGGGUACUAAAAUUACAAUAACCUAAACAGUAAAAGAAUGUAUAAAUGUAUGUGAGUGGAUAUAUUCACAUAAGACAAAAUGUGCAAACAUACACAUAUAAUGAAAAUUAAAUAUGUAGUAUACAACAAAAAAAUCAUACUUUUCCUAUUUAGUAUCGUAAAUUGGAAUAAGAAUGAUGUUGGUAAAAGACCACUGAGUUUGAUUUGAAAUGAACAAUGGAGGAAUGCUUUAUUUAAGCCUGAAGAACAUGUCUGGACAUAAACCUCAACCCAAUAAACUAAUUUAUAACGUCACCAAAAGAGACAGGAGUCCGACUUUUCACUGUAGAAAUGACCCGAAAACUAGUUGCGAGGUAAAGGUCGAAAGUGUAUCUGAACCUCAAAGAAGCCAGUGCAAACUAUAGAUCAAAUUCUUUCUGAACACGUAGAGAAACCAGUGAACACAGCUACAUACACAUACAUACAACUCCCUCACACAAAAUUGAGCAGACACAACCAUAAACCCCAACCGUGAACCACUGAAAGAACAGCCAACUUGACAAAAAGCUGAGACUGACUUAUUUUUUCAUACAAGUGCUUGUAUUCAGUGACUUUCUUGGAAGACGACAAUUGUCACUCACUCUACUUAUUCACUGUCUAAAAUGCCAUCUUUUACUUAUGCUUUCAUACAUAUCACUGCAUGGAUGGUUUCCAAAAACAAAUGCAUUAAAGGAGAAUUAUGGGUGAGGUGGGGAGUGAUUGAAAUUGCUGAAAAAAAGGUAAAGGUAAACCCUUUAGCAGGUAUUUAGACCACAAGCAUCUCCCUCUAUUCAUUUUCUGCUCUGCAGAAAUAUAAGUUAAGGUUGAUACGGUUACUUAUCUGUCAGCAAAUUGUCAGUAAAUUUGGAUAUAGCAAACCUAAUGUAAAAUGUGUCUUCUCAGCAAUCACUUAAGACAAGUUUUGGACCACCUCCCACUUGGUUUGGACAGUAGCUCAGUGAGCUGGUUGCUAAUGGUGUGAAUGCUGAAUUGCAGCAGACCUAUCAAGAAGGUUUUCUCGGCCAAGCAUGAGAUGCUGCAUGUCUAAGCUGUUGUGAGACACACUUGUUGACGGCCUGGAGGUCCUUCUGCAUGUUAAGAUGUUUCCUUCAAACCUUUAACAAAGGGGUACGACUAAAGUCUGUAUCAACAUUAUUAUAUUUUUAGUUUAACUAAUUUGAUUGUAGUUAAAAUCUUUAGUGCCACUUGUCACUUGUAAGGAUAACCAACAUUAAACUUUUUAAAUUUAUAAUUUUUAUUUUUUUGACAAACCCUUCGUUUUUGCUGGGUGCAGGUUGCACCAUGUGCAUCACUAAUGAUUAAAGUCUGCUGGACUGACCUUAUUCCCCAAGUCUGGAAUAACGCAAAGUUUAGUGUGGCGUUACGAUACAGAAUGUAUGUCUAUAGAUUCAUGAUAUACUGCACAUCCUGAUCCAGUGUGAAGGUUGUUACUGUAUCCACUUGUGCUGAAUAGAUCCCAAACUUUACAUGGUAUAUUCACAUCAUUAAAAUAGAGGGGAGAGAGUCAUCAUAGUAAUAAACUGAUCUUUUCUGUGACUUUCACAUUUUCAGCAUUCAGUUAAAUGCUAUAAUCCAAUGGAGUACUUUAUCGGAAACAUUGAAACAAAACAACCUAAAAUCUCAUCCAAGAUUGAAAUUAAAAUGAGGUUUAUGUAGGACUUCUUUUACCAAUUACAGUACCCCUGAAAUAAUUUAUUCCUUUUCUUUUAGUCCAUAUUCUGAUAGAGAGAUGAUGUGUUGUGUUCACUGACAGGCCUUUUAAUAACUGUGUGUGUUGCAAGCGUCUUCACUGGCAUCGCUGUCCUGCUUGUAGAUGGGUUGACUGGUCUUGAAGGAGAAUUAUGCACAACGUUAUGUCAGCCAUCUUCAUGUUUUUUUCUUUUCUUUUUGUGAGCCAUUUCAUUUGUAAUCAGUCACAACAGUCUUAAAAUGUAUCUUAAUGUGCUAAUGGUGUCCUUUAUUCAUCAUUAUUUCUUUUUGUUAUAGUCCCCUGGUGCAUUGCUUAACAACUUAACAUUCUGUAGUAAAAUGUAACAAGUAUUAUUUUAUAACGAAUCACAACCGCUAACACGUGUAUUGAGUUUGAAAUACUAGCCCAUGCAGAAAUUGUUCUGGCAUGAUGAGAUGUUAUCAUUGUGAAAUUCCUCGGAUGAGUUUGAGGAGCUGGAAAAUGUGACAUGGUAGUUUAAUUAUGUUGGAAUAGAUGUGUUGUAGUGAUCAAUUAAGUUUUGCCGCGUAUGAAAAGAGGCAAAGGAAAACAGUCAGUUACUUUUGGAGCAAGACAUCAAACAUGUAACGAAUAACCUUAAAGCACCAUCUACUCCCAGCUAGUUGGGCAAUUAGGUGGAUUCCACGCGUAAAACAUGCUCUUUUUUGCAAUCUGUAAAUUGCUUAUGGGUGCCUUUCUUGCAUAUGAAAAAUCCGUUACCUUUUCUUCACAGAGCUAUAAAAGUCUAGUUUGCCUACAACAUACUGUAUAGUUGAAGUCAUACUGCUCAUUUUAGGUUGGGCAUCCAGUUCACUUCAGUCAUGUAGCUUUAGCCACCGACUUUAUAUGGCUUUGAUAGCUAACAAUACAAUUUCUCUACUGCUUGAACAGUAAUUUAUUACACAACUGGCCUUAAAGCUUGAUAAUGUUAACAUUGUUAUUAUAUUAUUUCUUUAAAAUUAAUUUAUUAAAGUGCACAUUAUGUUCUCUGGAUGAGAAAUGCAAAAAUAAUUUUAUUAUUCAUUAAUAAAGUACGGAUUAACUAAA